CCCUAGUGUUUCUCUGAGAAUGAAUACAAGGACGUCGUGCUUUGUCGACGCGCGUUUUACUUCAAGUAAACCUCACGUUCUGAACCUGUGAGUUCUCUGCAGUGUCGAGUACAGACUAGUAGAUCUGGCUCAUCAUCAGUCUCACGCAGUGUCUGUCUAAAUCAUCACCCGCUCUCCCAUUCCCGACAACAAUGGCGAAUCCAACGAGCUGCGAUUCAGCCAAAGGGUCCAUUACUCACGUCAUCUUCGACAUGGACGGACUCUUACUCGACACGGAGAAAUUCUAUACCGAAGUCCAGGAGAUUAUACUCGCAAGAUACAAUAAAACUUUUGAUUGGUCUCUCAAGGCAAAAAUGAUGGGGAAGAAAGCCAUUGAAUCUGCUCGUAUCUUUAUUGAGGAAACUGGAAUUGACUCUCUUACACCUGAGGAGUUUCUUGUCGAAAGAGAGGAUAUGUUACAGAGCUUGUUUCCGACAAGUGAGCUAAUGCCAGGGGCAAGCUAUUUGAUUAGACACCUACAUGCAAAUGGAAUACCAAUUUGCGUGGCAACAGGUUCUCACAAAAGGCACUUCGACUUGAAAACACAAAGACAUGGCGAACUUUUUUCAUUGAUGCAUCAUAUUGUUCUUGGUGAUGAUCCAGAAGUCAAACAAGGCAAGCCAUCACCAGACAUAUUCCUGGCAGCAGCCAAAAGGUUUGAGGGUGGCCCCAUAGAUCCACAAAAUAUACUUGUCUUCGAAGAUGCUCCAUUGGGAGUUUGUGCAGCGAAGAGUGCUGGGAUGUCAGCAGUUAUGGUUCCGGAUCCAAGGCUUGAUAGCUCUUACCAUGGAGGUGCAGACCAAAUUCUGAGCUCCCUGUUGGAUUUCAACCCUUAUGAAUGGGGUUUGCCUCCAUUUGAGAAGGCAGCUAGUUAGACUCACAUAUAACAACUAGCUCCAGAUAGGGAGAGAGUUGCCUUGUUUAUUGUUGAGGAGGUUCAACUGACUAUAUUGAUUUGAUAAUUUCCUCAAUGCAUGCAUAAUUGUUUUUAAGUGAGGGUUAGCUUAUUAUAUUAGUUUAAUGAAAGGACAAGUUUCCAUUAAAAUUUGUUGUACUCUGGUUCAGUUGAAAAUUUUAGUUCUUUGAUGAAA